GAGGAGGAGCACGGCGCGGAGGAGGCUGCCGGCUUCCAGGGCCACCAGGAGGAAGUAAGGGAAGGAGCUGGUGGAGACGAGGAGGGUCCCGUCCAGGUCGGCCGCCACGGUCUGGUUCGACCGCCCUUCCGUCGGGCACUUCGAGACCGGCUCGAAACGGCGCCGCGUUGCCAUGACCAUUUAAUUUUGCUCUCUGUGUUUAGCGAGUGAGUUUGAAGAGGAGAAAAUGGAAGGGCUUUUAUAAAUGGGGUUGG